AUGGGUGCAGCCCAGUCAAAUGAGCGUGUUGCAUCAUCAGCAGAGGAGUUGAGCUUGGUACUCGCCGAGCGUUUCGCUACAAAAUGCUUUACGCCUUUAGAGCUCACGCAUUUCAAAGACAACUUCUACUCCCGGGCCUUGGAGCAGGGAGGCCUGCGCUACUGGAAUGAGAAGACUCUCUCAGACUUUCUCGGUAUCCCAGAUGGCAUCCACACCGCCGCUUCACAUGGGAACCCCUUGGAUGCAGGCCCUGUGGUAUUCCGCAUGGUAUCCUAUUUAGGAGCUUUUCCAUUCCAAAACACCCUGGCUCCAAGUGUAUUGACCUUCGAAGCCAUGGUUAAGGUCGUUGUGCUCCUGACUGAGCGCUACGAGAAGGCGCUCAAGCGCGGGCGCAAGGACCGAAUCAAGUUACUCUUUGGCAGUCUGGCAGACGUGGGGAGAAAAAGGACCCCCGGUGAUAGCCGAGAACCCGGGGCUGACGAAUCUGAAACCUUGGCUGGGCACUCACAUCCGCUUGGGUUCUCAAUAGAUCAGCCCGCCAACGACGAUUAUGAUGAGGAUGAGGACGAUGAUCUUGCACUUGCAGCGCUCGAGUCCCUCGAUGCAAUCGAGGUGUUCAAACAUGAUCAUCGAGUUGAUAAAUCCAUGUACCAGACGCGGAUUUCUAUUGACACGUUCCGCCGGCUGCUCAUGUUGCUACUUGUCAUUGCACCAUUGAAGCCCUUGGAGACUCUGAAGAUAUAUACAUCUGGACUGGAUGCUCGGCGGAUGGAAGAAGUUCAAGCAGAAGCAGACAGUAUCAUUGCGGCUUUUUCACCGGAAGAAAGUGAUGGGGGAAUAUCAUAUAAGGCUUUCGCUCGAACGAUAUCAUUGUCACUUCCGUAUCUUUUCGAUCCGCUGACUGCCCUUUUUGAGCACAUGCUGUUUAGCAAGAAUCUGGAUCUUUCUCGGCAUCGCCAAAAAGACGCAGCCACAGAGACGGAACCGGAGGAUACUGAUGAGAGCGAAGAACCUCUUCCAUCACCGGCUAGACUAACACUCCCGGGGAGCUUUGAGUCCGCCAUACUAAACCCAACAAUGAACGCUCAUCUUUCGUUUUUCCUUCCUUCCACAUCGCCGAAUCUGAAUUUCCUACGCAGUGGCGUAAAACUGCACCCUGUCUUUUCUACAAGCGCCCACGGCUCGUCCCUGACCUCCUUCUCCCACCACGUCCUGACCUGGCAAUCAGCAACCCUUCUCCUUCUCCAAGGAUCUCUAGCAGACUCCCCCAACGAAGAUCUAAUAACAUUAGGCGCCUAUAUCCCCCAAAAUUGGAAAACCUCCACAUCAACCCCAAGAACCUCAAAAACAUCCGACCUCCUUCCCUGCCUCUUCCAACUAUCCCCCAAACACCUCCUCCUCUCCGGCAACCCUUCCAUAUCAGCUAGAAAACCAAACACCCCAACAGCCUACUUCUCUACAAACACCGGCAUCGCAAUCGGCUGCCACAUCCCUGCCCCGUCCCGAACUUACCAAGCCCACCCCACACCCCAUGGAGCGGGCAGUCUCAUUAUCGACUCGAACAUCGAAUCCGCCGAGUUCCACGCCUGCCCCGUUGGCCACGACGGCGUCUUCCUUCCCCCUGCGAAUACCUCACUAGAUGCCCCGCCCAUAAAGAUCAAACUCGAUCUAUACACGCUUGAGAUCUGGGGUAUCAUCCCAGAUCCGGGUGAUGAGUCCCUCUCUACAGAAUCGAGCAUGAGCGCGGUGGAGAUCCAGCGCGCGAAGUGGGAGUUCGAAGGCGCGGAGGCCGAACGUCGUCGGAAUAUUAACAUCAAGGCUGGGGCUGGUGAUUCGGCGACUGAGAGCGCGAGGUGGCUUUUGGAGGCGGCGGGGCUUAUUGGGAAUGACAGGAGGUAG